AUGGGAGGAACCUGAGUACGUUGCCAAAGGCAGAGCCAGCAGAGGUGGUGAUGAAGGGGGAGCUGGGACGGGAGCAGAGGAGGAUGGAUUCCAGAGCUCCGCUUUUGGGAUUGGCCUUGAGGAAAAGGAGGGCCACCCCAUCUUGCCCUGGAGGGAAGGAGAACCUAAAAGCAGAUCCAGAAGAGCUUUUUACAAAACUAGAGAAAAUUGGCAAGGGCUCUUUUGGUGAGGUGUUCAAAGGCAUUGACAAUCGGACUCAGAAAGUGGUUGCCAUAAAAAUCAUUGAUCUGGAAGAAGCUGAAGAUGAGAUAGAGGACAUUCAACAAGAAAUCACAGUGCUGAGUCAGUGCGACAGUCCAUAUGUAACCAAAUAUUAUGGAUCCUAUCUGAAGGAUACAAAAUUAUGGAUAAUAAUGGAAUACCUUGGUGGAGGCUCUGCCCUAGAUCUGUUAGAACCUGGGCCUUUAGAUGAAACUCAGAUCGCUACUAUAUUAAGAGAAAUACUGAAAGGACUCGAUUAUCUCCAUUCAGAGAAGAAAAUCCAUAGAGAUAUUAAAGGUAAGAGCAUGUCUUUCAUUUCUUUAAGAUACCUGAGGUGCCCCAUGAUAGCAGAGCUGGCUGAGGCUGGGCACGUCUUCUGCUUGGGAGCAGACAUCUGGUCCCUGGGCAUAACAGCCAUAGAACUUGCAAAAGGGGAGCCGCCUCAUUCUGAGCUGCACCCCAUGAAGGUUUUAUUCCUCAUUCCAAAGAACAACCCACCAACGUUGGAAGGAAACUAUAGUAAACCCCUCAAGGAGUUCGUGGAGGCCUGUUUGAAUAAGGAGCCGAGCUUUAGACCCACUGCUAAAGAGUUACUAAAGCACAAGUUUAUAAUGCGCAACGCAAAGAAAACAUCCUACCUGACUGAGCUCAUCGACAGGUAUAAGAGAUGGAAGGCGGAGCAGAGCCACGACGACUCCAGCUCCGAAGACUCAGAUGCGGAAACAGAUGGCCAAGCGGCUGGUGGUAGCGACUCUGGGGACUGGAUCUUUACCAUCCGAGAGAAGGAUCCCAAGAAUCUGGAGAACGGAGCUCUUCAGCCAUCAGACUUAGAAAGAAAUAAGAUGAAAGACAUCCCAAAGAGGCCUUUCUCUCAGUGUUUAUCUACAAUCAUUUCUCCUCUGUUUGCGGAGUUGAAGGAGCAGAGCCAGGCGUGCGGAGGGAACAUGGGGUCUAUAGAAGAACUGAGGAGGGCCAUCUUCCUGGCAGAGGAGGCGUGCCCCGGCAUCUCCGACACCAUGGUGGCCCAGCUUGUGCAGCGGCUCCAGAGAUAUUCUCUAAGCGGUGGAGGAACCUCAUCCCACUGAAAUCCCUUCGGUAUUUGGGGUUUUGGUUUUUUUCUUUUUUCUUCUUCAUCUUCCUCUUUAAAAGUCAACGAGAGCCUUUGCUGACUCUGCUGAAGAGGUGCGCAGUGGAGGGGCCACGACCCCACAGCCGAGGGCACCUGUCCGGGACACACAUGGUCCUCCUGUGCCACAGCCAGAUGAAGUCUCUCAGAUGGGGUGGGAAAGGGUCCGCUCCUUUGAGUGAUCAUUUUAUUUUAUUAUUCUUGGUUUUAAUUUUAACCAUAGUGCACAUAUUCAAGGAAAGUGUCUUUAAAACAAAAACCCUGAAAUGUAUAUUUGGGAUUUCGGUAAGGCAUCUACAGACAUGAAACCUCAGGUAUCCUGCUUUAAGUAGUCAGCUCCCCCUGGGAGAUGGAGAAUCGCUCUGGUGGAUCAGUGUACAGAUUUGUAUAUAGUGUCAUUUUUACGGAAACCCUUUCGGCGUGCAUAAGAAAUCACUGUGUACAAAUUGGCCAAGUGCUUCUGUAGAUAAUGUCAGUGGAGUAAAUAUUUGAUAGGCCAUAACUUGAGUCUAUUGCCUUGCCUUUAUUACAUGUAAAUUUUGAAUUAUGUGACCAGUGAUUUGGGUUUUAUUUUGUAUUUGCAGGGUUUGUCAUUAAUAAUAAUUAAUGCCCCUCUUAGGGAACACUCCUAUUUGUACCUCAACAAAUGCAAAUUUUCCUCUUGUUUGCCCUACCACCCUUUUGGUACACUUAGAAGUUGAUUUCCUUUUUCAUCAAUGGUACUAUUUCUUAGUGUUUUAAAUUGGAACAUAUCUUGCCUCAUGAAGCUUUAAAUUAUUACCUUCAGUUUUUCCCCAAUGAAGCGCUCUCGUCUAACAUUUGUUUGGAAUCGUGCCACUGCUGGUCUGCACCAGAUGUACCGUCCUUUCCCAUACAACUUUCUGUUGUACCUUGUAGAAUCUGCAUAUCAUCUUUCCCACCUAAAAAUGUCUGAAUGCUUACACGAAUAAAUUUUAUAACACACUUA